UGCAUCGGUCCUAGUACGCUUUUUCUAACCUGAGAAAAAUGUGCGACCGUGUGAAAUCCGUUUAUCUCUUGCUCGAAGAUGGUUCCGUCUUCCCGGGAAGACAUUUUGGCGCGGAGAAUCCGAUCGACGGUGAAUUAGUAUUCCAGACUGGUAUGGUGGGUUAUCCGGAGUCGCUUACAGAUCCUUCCUACCACGCUCAAAUUCUAGUACUCACGUACCCACUGAUCGGAAAUUACGGCGUGUUUGGCAACGAGGUGGACAAACAUAAAAUCCCGUACUGGUUCGAAUCUCACCGGAUUUGGGCCACCGGAUUGGUGGUCGGUGAAGUUUGCGACACUCCGAGCCAUUGGCGGGCGAUGAAAACGCUCUCCGAAUGGAUGAAAGUGGAAAAGGUUCCCGGUAUACACGAGGUGGACACCAGAGCCCUGACAAAAAUAAUCCGCGAAAAGGGCGCUAUAUUAGGUAGAAUCGUAUUCGAUCCACCGAAUCCUCUCCCACGUCUGAUUCCGCCGAUAACGGAUCCGAACCAGAGGAAUCUUGUCGCAGAAGUUGUCGAGCCUGUGCAAACGACGUACAAUUCUAACGGUUAUCCACGCAUAUGCGUGGUGAACUGCGGUCUAAAGUACAAUCAAUUGAGGUGCUUAAUUAGACGAGGUGCUCGCGUGGACGUGGUGCCUUGGAAUUCCGAUUUAAACGAAGCCAAUUAUCACGGCUUGUUCCUGAGCAACGGGCCGGGCGAUCCGCUCAAGUGCGACACGACCGUUGAAAAUAUCCGAUCGAUUCUCAAAUCGAAGACGCGCAAGCCGAUUUUCGGUAUUUGCCUGGGGCAUCAAUUGCUCUGCACUGCCGCCGGUUGUGUCACGUACAAGAUGAAUUACGGAAACCGUGGUCAUAAUCAACCGGUCACGCAUAUCGGAACCGGUCGUUGUUACAUGACUGGCGUUAAGCUCGAGAAGAGCGGCAUCUUCGAGAAAUAUAACGUGAAGAUUCUGGGAACGCCGAUACAGUCGGUGAUAGAGACAGAGGACAGAAAGAUGUUUUCAGAUCGCAUCGGUGAGAUAAACGAAAAAGUAGCGCCAAGCGCGGCGGUCUAUUCGAUUCAAGAGGCACUUGACGCGGCUGAAGUGUUAGGCUACCCGGUGAUGGCCAGAGCAGCCUUCUCUCUCGGUGGUUUAGGAUCUGGAUUCGCGAAUAACGAGAAAGAGCUGAGGUGCCUCGCGCAGCAAGCGUUGGCUCACUCGAAUCAGCUGAUCAUCGAUAAAUCGUUGCAGGGUUGGAAAGAGGUGGAGUACGAGGUGGUCCGUGACGCGUACGACAAUUGUAUCACAGUUUGCAACAUGGAGAAUGUAGAUCCUCUCGGUAUUCAUACCGGGGAAUCGAUCGUUGUCGCUCCUAGCCAGACUUUGUCCAACAAGGAGUACAAUAUGCUUCGAACGACCGCCAUAACCGUGAUCAGACACUUUGGUAUCAUCGGCGAAUGCAACAUUCAGUACGCGUUGAAUCCAAACAGCGAGGAGUACUACAUAAUCGAAGUGAACGCGAGGUUGUCUCGAAGUUCAGCUCUGGCGAGCAAAGCGACCGGCUAUCCGUUGGCGUACGUAGCUGCCAAGCUAGCUCUCGGUAUUCGACUGCCGGACAUCGAUAAUUCGGUUACUGGAAAAACUACGGCCUGCUUCGAGCCCAGCCUUGAUUAUUGCGUGGUCAAGAUACCAAGAUGGGAUCUCAGUAAAUUUCAUCGAGUCAGCACAAAGAUCGGUAGCUCUAUGAAGAGCGUAGGAGAGGUGAUGGCGAUUGGUCGAAAGUUCGAAGAAGCCUUCCAGAAGGCGUUGCGAAUGGUGGACGAGAAUGUAAACGGUUUCGACCCGUACGUAAAGGUCCCUAACGACGAGGAGUUGGAGAAACCAACGGACAAGAGGAUGUUCGUUCUUGCAGCCUCCCUAAAGGCUGGAUACACGAUCGAUCGAUUGUACGGUCUGACGAAAAUUGAUCGAUGGUUUUUGCACAAGAUGAAGAACGUGAUCGACUACUAUCGGGUCUUGGAGAACACCGAUCACACGAAAUUAUCACACGACAUUUUGCUGCGCGCGAAACAGAUAGGAUUCUCCGACAAGCAGAUCGCAGCGGUGGUUAAGAGUUCGGAAUUAGCGGUUAGGAUACAGAGACAGGAGAGUAAUAUACGACCAAUGGUGAAGCAGAUAGACACGGCAGCUGCGGAGUGGCCAGCCACGACGAAUUACCUUUACUUGACGUACAACGGGAUCACGCACGACGUGGAGUUCCCUGGCGGGCACACGAUGGUGAUAGGUUCCGGGGUGUAUCGGAUAGGUAGCUCGGUAGAGUUCGAUUGGUGUGCGGUCAGUUGUCUGCGGGAAUUACGAAAUUUGGGAAGAAAAACGAUCAUGGUGAAUUAUAAUCCAGAAACUGUCAGCACCGAUUACGACAUGAGCGAUCGGUUGUACUUCGAGGAGAUAUCUUUCGAAGUGGUUAUGGACAUUUACGAUCACGAGUCUCCAGAAGGGAUAAUUUUGUCGAUGGGCGGUCAAUUGCCGAAUAAUAUCGCUAUGGAUCUUCAUAGACAGCAAGCCAGAAUUCUAGGGACAUCGCCAGAGUCCGUGGACGGAGCAGAAAAUCGUUUCAAGUUUUCUCGGAUGCUGGACAGCAUUGGGAUUUCGCAACCGAGGUGGAAGGAACUGACAAACCUGAAGUUGGCGAUCGAAUUUUGCGACGAGGUGGGCUAUCCGUGCUUGGUGCGUCCUUCUUACGUAUUAAGCGGCGCCGCGAUGAACGUGGCGCACUCUAAUCACGAUCUAGAAUCGUAUUUGAAGAGCGCCAGCGAGGUGAACAAAGAACAUCCGGUGGUUAUAUCGAAGUUUAUCCUGGAAGCAAAAGAGAUAGACGUCGAUGCGGUUGCCUACGACGGGAUUAUUCUUUGCAUGGCGGUGUCGGAGCAUGUGGAGAACGCGGGAGUUCAUUCAGGCGAUGCUACCUUGGUCACUCCGCCGCAGGAUAUUAACACGGAGACACUGGCCAAGAUAAAAAUGAUGUCGAAAGCGAUUGCCGCAUCUUUAGGCGUAACUGGUCCCUUUAAUAUGCAACUAAUCGCGAAGGAUAACGAGCUGAAAGUGAUCGAAUGCAACGUCAGGGUCUCCAGAUCCUUCCCUUUCGUUUCGAAGACUUUGGAUUACGAUUUCGUGGCUAUGGCUACGCGAUUGAUCGUUGGAGAGCCCGUGGAUCCUGUGGAUGUUCUCGCUGGAUGUGGCAAAGUGGGCAUUAAAGUGCCGCAAUUUUCUUUCUCCCGUCUUGCCGGUGCGGACGUGAUGUUGGGUGUAGAAAUGGUGUCCACCGGGGAAGUCGCUUGUUUCGGAGAUAAUCGAUACGAGGCUUAUUUGAAGGGAAUGAUGAGCACCGGUUUUCAUAUACCAGAAAAGGGUAUUUUACUCUCGAUAGGAACGUACAAGCACAAGGUGGAACUGUUACCGUCCAUCUACAACCUUCACGAGAUGGGAUACAAAUUGUACGCCAGCAUGGGUACCGCGGAUUUUUACACGUCGCACGGGAUAGAGGUAGAACCGGUACAAUGGACAUUUGAAAAUAUAAGCGUGAACGAAAAUUCCAGUCCGAGCGAUCUUCGGCAUUUGGCUGAUUUCCUCUGGAAGAAACAGUUCGACCUCGUGAUUAAUUUACCAAUGAGGAACGGCGGUGCACGCCGCGUUUCUAAUUUCAUGACACACGGAUACCGCACGAGAAGACUAGCCGUCGAUUAUUCCGUUCCCUUGAUCACGGACGUGAAAUGUGCCAAACUGCUGGUCGAAGCUAUGAGAAUGCUCGACGGACGUGCACCUCGUAUGAAGACUCACACGGACUGCAUGUCGUCGCGGCGAAUGAUCAAGCUUCCUGGUCUCAUUGACGUCCACGUGCACACCCGUGAUCCUGGAGCGGUCUACAAGGAGGACUUUGCUUCUUGCACCGCUGCUGCGCUCGCUGGAGGCAUCACUACGAUCUUCGCGAUGCCCAACACCAAUCCCGCCGUGGUCGAUCAUCAAACCUUCGCUCUGGCCAAGGAACGCGCCCUUUCCGCCGCAAGAUGUGAUUACGCGAUUUACGUAGGAGCCUCCUCGGAUAACUUUUGCGUUACGGCAGAAUUGGCUCCACUGGCGGCCGGUCUUAAGAUGUAUCUGAACGAGACGUUCACCACGCUUCGAUUGACCGAUCUUACCGUCUGGAUUAAGCAUUUUCAGACGUGGCCUAAGAAAUAUCCAAUCUGCGUGCACGCCGAGGGUCAAACAACAGCCGCGAUUCUGUUGUUGGCCGGCUUGCACAACAGGCCUAUUCAUAUUUGCCACGUAGCCCGUAAGGAGGAGAUCCAAAUAAUACGCGCUGCUAAAGAAAAGGGAAUGGCCGUGACUUGCGAAGUGUGCCCUCACCAUUUGUUCUUGUGCGAGGAAGAUCUAGAGCGCAUAGGGCACGGACGAGGCCAGGUGAGGCCAGUAUUAGGAACGAAGGAAGAUCAACAGGCACUUUGGGAAAAUUUAGAUAUAAUCGAUUGCUUCGCGACCGACCAUGCGCCUCAUACCGUGCAAGAGAAAUCCAGCGAGAAACCACCACCAGGAUUUCCCGGACUGGAAACCAUACUUCCACUUUUGCUCACCGCGGUUCACGAAGGCAAAUUAACGAUAGAGGAUGUGAUUGACAAACUCUAUAAAAAUCCGAAAAGAAUCUUCAAUAUACCAGACCAGCCAAAUACCUACAUCGAGGUCGAUCUAGGCGACGAAUGGGUAAUCCCAGAAGCGAUGCCUUUUAGCAAAUCGAAGUGGACUCCGUUCGCUGGAAUGAAAGUUCGUGGAUCGGUGCACAGGGUAGUUUUGAGGGGAGAAGUUGCUUACGUCGAAGGGCAGGUCCUGGUGAAUCCUGGCUUCGGCCAGGAUAUCAGGGAGGUUCAAGCAAAGACGAAGCUUCAAACGGUAGCGAACGGUCCGGUAAUCGACGUGACUAGCCGACCGGGCUCUGCUUUGGACGGCCUCUUAUCGCCUAAUUACGAUAAGUACAACAAUUUCGCGGAAAGGGCAGCUGAUAUGUCGGAGGAGGAACAGAACGAACCGUAUGCGCUACUGCUGCAAACAGCGUCGCACAAGUCGAACGUACACUUUGCCCUGGACGUAGACUCGCGCGAGCAGGCGAAAUUGCUAACCAUCCAACAGCGUACAAUUUCGCCUCUUCCUAUUAGCACAGCGACCAAACACAAAAGCGACAGCAAUCCAAAUCUCCUGCUGACGCCUGUACCUCCCGUCCCCUCUGUUCACACCAGCCACAAUCUAGCCGGGCACAACGUUCUCACCGUGGACAUCUUCAACAAAGAGUUGCUGAAAGAUAUCUUUCAUCUCGCGGAAAUUCUACGAAGUGCUAUUAGGAAAGAACGGCCGCUGGACCAUAUCUUACGGGGGAAAGUGAUGGCGUCGAUUUUCUACGAGGUGAGCACGAGAACCUCUUGCAGCUUCGCGGCUGCAAUGGAGAGACUGGGAGGACGAGUGAUAUACAUGGACGGUGCCACGUCGUCUGUGAAGAAGGGAGAAACUUUGGAAGAUUCGAUAGCGGUGAUGGCUGGGUACGCGGACGUGCUGGUGCUUCGGCAUCCGGAACCUGGCGCUGUAUCGAGAGCUGCUCAGCACUGUAGAAAGCCUUUAUUAAAUGCCGGCGACGGCGUCGGCGAACACCCGACGCAAGCGUUGCUCGACAUCUUCACAAUAAGAGACGAGAUCGGUACGGUAAACGGUCUGACCAUCACUAUGGUCGGGGAUUUGAAACAUGGUAGAACUGUCCAUUCCCUAGCAAGAUUGUUGACUCUUUACAACGUCGAGCUUCGUUACGUGUGCCCACCUGGCCUUGGCAUGCCUGAUCACGUGUCGAAGUACGUGUCCGAACGUGGGAUCCAGCAGGAGCAGUUUAACACCCUCGAGGACGCUCUUACAGACACGGACGUUCUUUACAUGACACGCAUUCAGAAGGAACGUUUCACCACCCAGGAGGAAUAUCGACAGGUUUGCGGACAUUUCGUGAUAACGCCGCAGCUGAUGUCACGAGCAAAGAGGAAGAUGGUGGUGAUGCAUCCUCUGCCAAGGGUUUUCGAGAUCAGUCCGGAAUUCGACACGGAUCCACGCGCCGCUUAUUUCAGGCAGGCCGAAAACGGUGUCUACGUUCGAAUGGCACUGUUAGCUAUGGUACUUGGACGCAUGUGACUCGUUGGAGGAUGAAAUCGCUUUCAUUUCGGAAGUCUAAGCAGCAACGUGUAUAAGAUAGACGAUACGUUCCUAAUCGCAUUUGUAAUUAAACCGUGAUUCGUAUGGAUGGUUUUAUCGUCGAUCGAAGGAACGUUUCCAUCUCGAGGCGACGAGUAGAAAGAAAGCAAUUACUAUAUAUCGUAGAAUCACGGUACAGCUGGUUCCAUGGAC